AUGGAUAAUUUUUUAUAUAUGUAUUUUUAUUUAAUUCUUGUUGCUACCAUCAGUUUGUGUUUAUCAUUUGGUAUUGGUUUAUUUAUAUUCAAAAAAAAAAUCGUCAAAGAAGGGGUUUGUGAAAAUGUCGACUGCCAGGUCAGUAAGGACGAAAUCUGGGGAAACCAGGUACCCCAACAACAAGAACAACCCCAACAACACCAACCCCAACAACAUCAACAACACCAACCCCAACAGUAUCAACAACACCAACAAUACCAACAUCAUCAACAACACCAACAAAGCCAGCAACCCCAACAACACCAACAACCAAAACUCAAUUCUUCAACUCCUAAUUAUAAAUCACUACUUAGAAGUAUUCGUGAUUAUGUAGUAGAAGAUGAAGAACAACGACCACAACCAACAACUCAACCACAACCAAAACCAAAGCACACAGCUUCAACCCCUGGUUAUAAAUUACUACUUAAAAAAAUUAAUGAUUAUGUAGUAGAAGAUGAACAACAACCACAACAACAACAACAGAAGAGACAACCACCACAUCAACUACAAACAAAUACUUCUCAAAAGAUUAAAGAUCUAUUAAAAGCUUUGGUCAAUUCUUUUGGUAAGCUAAGCCUUCAAUCACCUCAAUUGAGUGAAGUUGAAAAGGCCCAUAAACGUUUAAAUAAACGUUUGGAACUUUAUCAGUUGAUGGAAAGAAGGGAAAUUCCAGGUGAUGGUAAUUGCCAAAUGCAUGCGCUAUCAGACCAACUCUAUGGUAACCUCAACCACAGCAGAGCAAUAAGAAAUAUUAUUGUAACCUGGCUCAGAAAAAAUAGAGGUUUUUCCCUUUCUAAUGGAGCCACUCUCUCUGAAUUUGUCACAACAACUAGUUGGGACGAAUAUUGUAAUAAUAUGUCCAAAAAUGGUACAUGGGGUGACCACCUUACAUUAGUCGCUGCUGCAGAAAUUUUCAGAAUCAAUAUUUCAAUAAUUUCUUCAGUCGAAACCCAAAGUAAUUUUGUAACAGAAAUUACUCCAAGUAAGAAAAGCGACCAUGUUACAAAUAUUUCAAUUGUUGGAAAUAAUUAUUUAAAAGCCUUCAAAUACAAUGGCUUUAAUGUAAUAGUAGUAGCACUCAGUUUUAGAAACAAAUUAAAUAAAAAUACAUCUGAACGUUCUCUUCUAUGUCUUUCAAACUCGGGUAAAUCAGCUUAA